GACAGAUCGAAAGUGGACUAUGUGAACUGCUCGGAAAGUAAGUUCACUCACUGCUUGCGUUUCUACAUGCUCUGGAAAGACUUGUGGUGCUUGGUGAGUGCGAUUAUUACAGGUCAUACAGAGCUCUAGAAAGGCUGUAAGAGUUGAAGUCACGCCAGAAUUUGAACGCGCAGAACUCCGGCGUGCCGGCGAGUCGUAGAAAUGGGGGUUGGAACGCGAUCCUCUGCGAAGAAGAGCAAAGAAGAAGAGGAGCUGCAGGCAAAAAUGGCGAAUAAAGUGGACGCUGAGACACAGACAGACCCUGAAAUAACUGGCGUAGACGCGGAUGAUUUCGAAGAAGAAGACGAUGGCGAAGAAACGGGUUCGGAAAGCAGCGAAAGCGAAGAUGAAGAAGCUGGAGAAGAUGGCCAUACAAAGAGCGUCGAUCGGGGAACUUCCUCCAAACCAGUGCGCCGUAAAAUUAUCGAGCUCAAGUAUUAUUUUGGAGAAGAUUUGCCUGAUGCGGAGCUUAGCAAGCUUGCACAAGCAGAGGUCAUUGUUCCUCCUGGACUUGAAGUGAAAGAAUCCAAUAUUCCAAAGGCUGGUCGAGGGGUGUUUGCCAAGUGUGUUAUUCCCAAACAUGACUUUUUUGGUCCAUUUGUUGGUAAAAAGGUUACUGCAGAGGAGGCAAAGCAGUAUAAAGACUCACCAUAUGUAUGGGAGGUGCGAGAUGACUACGGGAAACUGAUGCACUUGGUUGAUGGCCGUGAUGCCUUUCAGUCCAACUGGCUGCGCUAUGUGAACUGUUCCAAGAGUGUUGGAGAUCAGAACAUCCGUGCUGUUCAGUAUGAUGGAAAUAUCUACUACAUGGCUACCAAACAGAUUGAGAUUGGUGAUGAGCUGUUAACGUUUUAUGGUGAAAAGUUUGCCAGGAUUCUUGGAAUUAAAACUUCCAAGAAGGGAGCAUCAAAGGCAUCAAAGGAGAUAGAAGGUAACGAUGAAAGCUUUGCAUGCAAGAACUGUGGCAAGAUGUACAGUAACCCUGCAUCUCUCAUCGGUCAUCUCAAAUACAAGUGUAACACAGGACAACAGAGAAGCAUCUUUGUUCCUCAACCUGUUGGCCCUCGUGCCGCUAUUCCCAAGAUCAAAGUUACCGAAGAGUAUGCUCGCCAACAAAAUGAGAAGCUGAAGAAGUUCAAAUGUGACGAAUGUGGCAAAGCAUUCAUCCGCAACUACACGCUGCAGUGCCAUAAGUUGAUUCAUACUGGCAUCAAAGAACACAAGUGUGAAGAGUGCGGCAAAGAGUUUACCUUGCUGAAACAUCUACAGCGCCACCAACUGGUGCACACUGGGGAGAAGCCAUACAAGUGUCACCUUUGUGGUCGUGCAUUCUCACAGCAGGGCAGUCUGCAAGCACACAGCCGCACGCAUACUGGAGUGAAGCCUUACUCAUGCAAGAUCUGUGGUCGGGCAUUUGCAUUGCAGUCACCUUUGCUGUCCCAUAUGCGGACGCACAGUCAGGAGAAGGCCUUUAAGUGCAAUACCUGUGGGAAGGCUUUCACACACAGGAACACCCUGUCCAGGCAUGAAUUGAUCCAUACUGGAGUACGACCAUUUAAGUGCGACAAAUGUGGGAAGACCUUCACACAGACCAAUGAUCUCAAGCGUCACAGCCGCAUCCACACUGGUUUACGCCCAUAUAAAUGUCACAUUUGUGGCAAGGCCUUCACGGUUGAAUUCACCUUGGUUUGCCACAUCCGUACUCACACUGGUAGUCGUCCUUACAAGUGUGACCACUGUGAUAAGACGUUCACCCAGCCAGGUGCCCGUCUGAAGCAUGCUCGUAAGAAUCACCCAGAUAAGCCAUUACCUGGAAAGGAGACAAGCACAACAACAUCAGCUAAUCAAAAUAAAGCAGGGAAUGAAGUUGCGAAUGCUGUUGAUGAAACACAAGCCACUUCUAAUAAUGCUAAUGGUGAAGUACAAGCUGCUGAUGACGGUGAUGUUGAGAUGGCCUCAGAGUCAUCCACUGACAAUGCCUCUAUGGAUGUUGUGGAAGUUGUUCCAGGCCAGGAAGCUGUUGUGCAGUCUGCUUAAGCUCCUGUCUGAAGAGAUUGCUCCAACUUAGUAAUUCCAACUUUGUAACUUGAUCCAAGCUUGGAGUGUUGAAGCUUGAAGUGUUGUAAUUUCUUUGGAGCGUUACUGUUCACAUUAGUUUGGCUAGUUGAGCAAUCUUCUGUAUGUGUUUCUUGGUAUUCUCCUUAUCUCCCCAGAGCAGUGGGAGAGCAGCGGCAGAGCAAUACCAGAGCAGUGACAGAGCAGUGUGGGAUGACUAUGACCAGGAAAAAACACAAAAUAAAGACAUUAAUAGUGUAAUGGACAUACCACAAAAGUGGGAAGACAGUAAGAAAAUUAUGUGACUGCAUCAUGCAUGAUAUUAAGAGGUAUAAGAGAGUAGUUAAUAAAAAAAAGUUCCUCAUAGGUAGUACAAAUCCAAGGUGAUGAAUUGCUAAAUUAUAGAUCUAAAGAAAGUUAUUUUGACAUAGAGCAAAAUUGUCCAAAGGGUGUGAUUGGUGACAAUACGAUUUUCAUGAACUUAGGACUUGUAAAGUGAAUAGCAGAGCCUCAAUUAUAUCUGAAAUUAAACGGAAACCACAAACAGAAGCCCAAUUGUAAUGAUUGGAUGCUCGAGGGGACGCUUACCCGACUAACUUGCGACUUCGCCAUGCAUGAAGGUCGUUAUCCGGUUUAGUAAGUUAUGGCGUUCGAAGUUCGCUUUAAUUAGAGAGUUUAGAGAGUUUAAGCAUGACGUUUACGGCAGACGACAAACGGCAAAGAUUACCCCUGAACUUUUAAUAUUUUCU